AUGAUCAAUUCAAAGACGAACAAUAGGGUGAAGCAAUUGAUUAGAAAAUAUCUUAAAAUCAAAAUUAGGAUGAUACAAAAGUUGAUAAAAGUUAAACUUUAGAAAAAAAAGAAGAAGAAUAAUAAUAAAAACAAUUGUUGUAAUAACAGUCAUCAUAAUAAUAAUAAUAAUAAUAAUAAUAAUAAUAAUAAUAAUAAUAACAAUAACAAUAACAAUAAUAGUAGUAAUAAUAAUAAUAAAAAUAAUAACAACAGUAAUAAUAACAAAAAAAAUCAUAAUAACAACAAUAAUAACAGCAAUAACAAUAAUAAAAACAAUAACAAUAAUAACAAGAAAAAAAGUAAAAUAAUAAAAAUAACAAAAAAACUAAAGAGUAAUAGGAAAAAGAGGAGGAAGAAUUUUAUAAUUCGAUCAUUUUAAAAGAUGAGAAAAAAUGUUCCUUUAUGUCCAAUAAUAUUCAAUGUAUAUAAACUGUAUAAUGGUUGGGUUAGAAAUGCAAAUUUUGUAAUAAUUAAUUUUGUCAAUAUCAUUUAUAUGCUGAAAGGCAUGGGUGUGAGGAUGAAGCCUGUAGAUAAGCUAAGUAAUGAAUUACAAAUAAACUAGAUUAUAAUUUUAAUCCGAAGGCCUAAAAACAGAAAAAAGUAGGUCGGCCAUUUAAGAAAAAAUAGCUGA